AUGGGCAAGAAAUCCAGGGCCCAAAAGGAUACGCGCGAGGGGUGGCAGCGCCGGGAUGGCGAGAGGACCACUCAGGCCAAAGAGCAGGUCUCGAUCUCCGCCCGCAAGGCCAUCCGUCGGGAUGUUCCUGCGCUCAGCAAGCUGGUGAAGUCGUGUGCCCAAUUACAGAACGAGUGGGCCGUGUACGAAAACAAGCCGUGGGAGUGGGGUCGCGUCAAGGCGACGCAGUACGGCUUGACCUGGUUCUUCUUUAAUGGCCUCGAGGCCCUGGAGACGCUGCCAGCGACGAUUGACCAGUUCAAAUUUUUGAACACGAUUCACGCGAAGAAGUGCACGGGCCUCCGCACGCUGCCGCGCGCCAUUGUAAAUUUGCCAUACUUGUCCGAGCUGAACUUGGAAGGCUGUACCGGCCUGACCGUUUUGCCCGAUGUGAUCGGCGAGUUGAAGUCGCUGAGAACCUUGGACCUCAGUGGAUGCACUGCUUUGCGCACGCUGCCAGAUGCGAUCGGCGGCGUCAACGGCGGCCUCGGGUGUCUGGAGCACAUUACCUUCCAUGAUUGCACUGGUCUCGUGGCGUUGCCCGACGCGAUUGGCCGGCUGCCCGCGCUCACGGGCUUGUCGUUUUCGGUUUGUACGGGCCUCACCACGCUACCAGAUGGAAUCGGUAACCUCAGCACUCUGAGGCAUAUACAAUUGUGGGAAUGUUCCGGGCUCGUGACGCUGCCCGACUCCAUCUGUCGACUCACUAGUUUGGGUACGCUCUGCCUUAACGAUUGCACGAAACUCCGGGCGCUGCCGGCCUCGCUCGGCGAUCUUGGCGCCCUGAAGAAUCUGGAGCUUAGGAAUUGCUCGAGUUUGAAGGUGUUGCCCGUUUAUGUUUUUCAACUCGUUAAACAUUUGGGCCAUGGCUGGGAGUUCAACCGGCCAUUGGCCGGUUGCUCGAGCCUGACCUUUUUGCCCGAUUCGGAAGCUUGCGGCGCGUUUAACAGAUUCCACCGGGACCACGCAUCCCUUAACGUGACCGGCUGUGUCCACCUCCGAGCACUCCCAGAAAGCGUCUUCUGGUCUGGAAAGAUUACCAGUCUCUGCGUGAGUGGCUGCUCUAAUUUGGUCGCAUUGCCUGACGCGGUCGGCGAGCAGAGCCAAUUAGCAUAUCUCGACGUGUCCAAUUGCCCGGGCCUCAGUACUUUGCCCGAAGCGAUCUGCGGUCUUGUCGAUUUGACAAGCUUGAACGUGACCGGUUGCUCGAACCUCACGCUCCCCAUCGCCGUCCAUAGCAUGUUUAAAUUGACGGUCGAGGGCGGGGACGACGUGCGCUGGAUCCCGUCGGCCACGGCGGCGGCGCUCGUCGCCGCGAGCGAUAGGGCGCGGCGGAGGAAGCUUCGCAAAUGCGUGUGGUGUAGUACAGAGACCAAGACGUUUUGCGUGGCGUGCGGCGAGACUUAUUACUGUAGUCGGGAUCACCAAAGGCAGCAUUGGGAAGCCAUGGGUGAGAGCAGUCACAAGUUUGCGUGCGCAAAAAUUCGGAAGCACAACCGUCGGCGGUGCGACGUCUGCGGCCGCGUGGGCAGCUCCGAGGAGCCCCCGUAUCCCGUGUGCGACGGAUGCGGCGCGCGGCGGUACUGCGGCGAAGCUUGCCAGUUGGCGGACUGGGAGGCCGGCCACGCGCAGGCGUGCGCCGUCGCGGCAUAG